AUAAACGAACAGCCAAGACGCACAAAUUACUUCAGGUGGGCGACGGUAUAAAGAAUCGGACUGGUCCUCACCUUAGCUUGAUUUCUCUCCUCCCGCUUCCCAUCUCAUAUCCGCUCCCUUAGCAGCAGAGACAAAGCCGAAUCCCCCUCGCCGUUCCGAUCCAGGGUUUCGUCUCUCGCGCCAUGGCUGCCUCCAACCCUGGGAGUCUCAAGACUGAACAAGAAUCUGAAGGUUCAACACAAAGUACUGCAGAUAUGACAGCAUUUGUGCAAAAUCUCCUUGUGCAGAUGCAAACCAGAUUCCAGUCAAUGUCAGAGAGCAUUGUUUCGAAGAUAGAUGAAAUGGGAAGCAAGAUUGACGAACUGGAGCAGAGCAUCAAUGACCUCAAAGCUGAGAUGGGGGCAGAAGUUGCAACCAAGCCAAAAUCUGAAGAACCCAAGCCUCCUGAAGAGUCAGCAUAAGCUACAGCAAGCAGAAUUUGCAGGUGCCUCUGAGGCCGUACUGAUACCAAACUUGAGAGUGGCUUCUUAUUGUGAUCAUUUUUACCAAUGUUGGUUUGCAUAAGCUUCCUUAUUUUUCAGAUGAUAGGACAAAACAGAGAUUAGUGUGUUUACAUGUUUCUGGACACUGAAAUAGUAUGCUCACAACGCUUUAUUGCUAAGUUUCGGAAGGUUUCUGAAGGGAUUAUGUCUUAGUACUGCUAAUUCUGCAAGACCAGCUACUCAACAUAUUAUGUGAUUGUCAUAGUGAAUUUGGAAGAUCAGAAGGCUCUUUAUCCUUGCCAUGUGCUUCAAAAAAGUCAACUUUUUAGCUAUAUGAAGCUUUGCUAGGAAACUGGUUUUAUUGCAUUUGUAUUGAUCUCAUUUUUCUGAGUUGUUUGGCAUAUACUUAAUCCUGUGUGAGCUACUCUGAUUUUUGAAGGCUCUUUUCGGAUA